AUGAAGUUUUUUAUAGUAUUAUUUUUGGUAUUCGUGUUCUGUAUAUUAGGGAAUUGUAAAGUCUUAGCACUGAAUUUACCCGGACCUAAGGUGUACGUCGUAACGCCAUCAUCGAUAUCAUCAAAAAUUGAUGAAGGAAGGUCAGCGCCGUUUUACUACCACAGCUGGAUGCGAAGAAUGGAUUCGGGGCCGAACAUUACGACGACCACUGUCCCAACGACCACUAAGUCUCAAGUGAAAACACCCGAUUUAAUAUUUGCUGAAUUUGAAUCGGACUCUAACGGUGCAGUGAAAAAAAGUAUAAGGAAAUUAUUAGAAAAAGAACGUGUUGAAGCUAAAUCUUCCACAACAUUCCAACCGAUUUACGUUCCUGAUAAAGAGUUUCAACCUGUGCACCAAAAUACUAAUUAUGGUUUACCACUACCAAAUGUAAAGCAGGAAGAUAAAGACACCAAACAAGCUGAUGAAUUUGAUAUGUACAAUAAAUUUUAUAAUAACCCUGUACCAAUAUAUGUUCCAACGACAACGCCUUUUACAACGACAACAAAAUUAACCACGACCACGACAACGCAAGUAACGCCCAGUAAUGUUGAAAAUAUUUGGCAUAUAAUUGACAGUGAAAAGUACAACGAAUACGCGGAUAAUUGGCAAGAAGUUUCAGUUGGAAAAAAUGACGAGAACGCGAUUAAAAGUGAUACAAAUGAACCUGUAGAUACGAGCAGUGUUAAUGAGGAGGAAAAAUUAUACGACAAUUUGGCUUUGCCCGGAUUUGGAACUAAUGCUGGAAGCGGCGCUGAAAACGAAUCUAGAGCUAUACGCACUGACCCUAAUAUACGUUUCCCUUACGUCAAUUUAAAGCCCUUUCAAAUCAAGACUAUGAAGACGCCAAUACAAAAUAUUUUAUCAAAUAGUAAGAAAGGAAAUAACUUAUUUAGUUUAGAUAAUUUUUAUGACUUGAAAAAUCCUGUCAGAGGUGAGGCACAAGAUAUUAUUCCCAUGCGUCAGCCAAUUGAUCGUUAUAAUCCUGCACAACCUUAUCUUCCACAGCAAAAUUACGGCGACAAUUCCAAACAAUCAAAUAUUGUUUCAGCACCCGUUAAGACUACUGCCAGUCUAAUCCCGCCACCUCCACCGCCACCACCUAAGCUGACUGAUAGUGAUUUCCCUAUUCCAACAAGUUACGAAUCAUUUCCUCCAUAUCCAUCUUCUAUUUCUGACUCUCCUCCACCAUCACCUCCUGCUGCAAAACCGGUAUUAACUUAUUCACCGCCAUCUCCCCCCAUAGAUGACAGCGACUCUGAUCAAAAUAGUGACGGUUCCCCUAUGGGUCUUGAAUAUCAUUAUGAGUCUCCCACAGAUUCUUUUAAACAACAACUGUUUGCACCCACAAUACCACCGCCAAACAAACCCUUUGAGGGAUAUAGUUAUAAGAAACCUGCUUUCCCCUCUAAAGCUCCACCCAUGGUGGACAUGGAUGACAAACCAGAUUUUCAUGGAUACCCCGACGAUAAACCCGACAAUUUAUCGCCGCAUAGUAAUAAACAUCAUGAAUCUCCUAAAUUCCAACACGAUACCGACUACCCAGAACUAAUUUUUAAUAAACCGCCUUCGGAUGAUAGUGGUUUUCCAAGUGAUUUUCCUGGGGACUUAAAGUACCAUCAUGAUUUUGAUGAUGAUGAUUUCUAUCAUGAUCACCACUAUCAUAAACCUACUACAACUACAACUACUACCGAAAUGCCCCGUGUCAACAGGUUCAGCUAUUAUUACUUAGGAAAGAAGUUGUAUUAUUUGCCGCUAUAUUUUAGCGUCUAUUUCAUCGUUUACGUCGGGGCUCUUAUCAUAAAAGCUGUACUUCGGCAUAAGAUAGUAUAUCCCAACAGUUGGAGACCGAACGAUACCACAGCGUCCUUCUUCUCGAAACGAUCGUUAGAUUCUUGGGAUCUUUCUAAUGAAAGCUUGCAUGAGGUUACCGGAAAAGUAACACACGCCAUAGCUACAGCUGCUAAAAUGUAUAUGGAUAAUACAAAGAAGAAUAAUUAA